CCCAUUUUUCUUCACGUUUUCACCCAUUUAAAACACUAUACACAAAAGAAAAAUGAGUUUCAAUGUUGAAGAUGAAGCUAUUGAUCAGAUAAUCACUGAUCAACCCCAUGAUGAUGAACUAAAAAUCAACAAUAGUAAUUAUGAAUGGCUGAAUCUGAGCCUAGAUGGGAAUUAUUAUGGUCCACAGUGCUCAAAACCUAAGAUUUUCUCAUGUAAUUUCUGCAGCAGGAAAUUCUAUACUUCACAGGCACUUGGUGGUCAUCAGAAUGCUCAUAAGGGAGAAAGAAGUGCAGCCAGAAGAUACCAGUCGCGAAGAAUGAUGACUAUGAUGGGUUUUCCGAUGAACAGAUCACUUGGAGUCGGACCCCAUACCGCGGUUCUGCAGAAACCAAACAGAGAAUUUGAAGGAAAUGGAAUGACACUUGCGGAGAGAUUCGACGUUAAGGAAGCUCAUGUAGGGUUUGGAAUGGGAUAUGUGCCCUUCGCGAUGAAUUUAGAGGAGGCUAUGGAUAUGAUGAUGUGGCCCGGAAGCUUUCGCGUGGACGGAGAAAUACCAGGGGCAUCAUCGUCAUCAGAAUCGACCGAGCUUGAUUUAAACCUUCGACUUUGAUAAAAUGGCAAAAGUACUAUAGGAGAGCAUGCAACCGGCAGAUCUAUGUACUUCUCUAUUAUUAAGCUCUUCAGUUAUGCAUAUAAGAGAAA